CAACUCAAAGCCAGAGGAAAAGGAACUGAGAAGCUGGUUCUGAGAAGAGCGGGAGCCCCACGAUGGCCAAGUUCCUUUCCCAGGACCAAAUUAAUGAAUACAAGGAAUGCUUCUCCCUGUACGACAAGCAGCAGAGGGGCAAGAUAAAAGCCACUGAUCUCCUGGUGGCCAUGAGGUGCCUGGGAGCCAGCCCGACGCCUGGGGAGGUGCAGCGGCACCUGCAGACCCACGGGAUAGACAGAAAUGGAGAGCUGGAUUUCUCCACUUUCCUGACUAUUAUGCACACGCAAAUAAAACAAGAGGAUCCAAAGAAAGAAAUUCUUCUGGCCAUGUUGAUGGCAGACAAGGAGAAAAAAGGGUACAUCAUGGCAUCCGAGCUGCGGGCGAAACUCACGAGACUCGGGGAGAAGCUCACCCAGAAGGAAGUGGAGGAUCUUUUCAAGGAAGCAAAUAUUGAACCAAAUGGCAAAGUGAAGUAUGACGAGUUUAUCCAGAAGAUCACCCUUCCUGUGCAGGACUACUGAAUGAGCAGAGUACAAGAGAUGAUCCCUGGAUCUGAAAACCKGGACUGGUUGAUUUUUUAAAAGGAAAAUGUUCCUUUCAUUCUAGGGUGAUGGCAAACACGGUGCAAAGACAACAUUAGCUAGGCAUAAGUAGCAAUAAGUAUUUCCAGCCAUGGUAUCAGCAUUUCUUUAAUAAAAAGAUUUGUAUUACCAGGUGCGGUGGCACAUGCCUGUAAUCCCAGUGGCU